AUGGCCUCUGUCCCUGUGUAUUGUCUCUGCCGCCUGCCCUACGAUGUCACCCGCUUCAUGAUCGAGUGCGACGUUUGCCAGGACUGGUUCCACGGCAGGUGAGAAGGUGGCACUGGGUGGGAACUGACAUUUGGAGGUAGCGGCUCCAAAGCCCCCUGUUUCUUUAAAUCCAGGGUACAGUGGUGCCCCGCAAGACGAACGCCUCGCAAGACGAAAAACCCGCUAGACGAAAGGGUUUUCCGUUUUGGAGGCGCUUCGCAAAACGAAUUUCCCUAUGGGCUUGCUUCGCAAGACGAAAGCCCAUAGGAAAUCUCCGGGGACCUCUUUUAAAUGCUAGCGGUGGGGAGCAAAGCCUUCCCCCUCCGGCCUACAGACGAGGUCCAGGAAGGCUGGCGGGGGCCGAAAGGCUUUGCUCCCCACCGCCAGCAUUUUAAAAGCAGUCCGGGAUAGCAGGGAAGCGCUUCCCGCUAUCCCGGACGGCUUUUGAAGGCAGGAGAGGUCCGCGAAGCCUGGGCGCGCUGAUCUCAGCGCGCGCAGGCUUCGGCAUGCCGGCAACUCUCCGCGAGCAGCGGCAGCGCUGCCGCUGCUUGCGGAGAGGUCCGCGAGCCUGGGCGCGCUGAUCUCAGCGCGCGCAGGCUUCGGCAGGCCGGCAACUCUCCGCGAGCAGCGGCAGCGCUGCCGCUGCUCGCGGAGAGGUCCGCGAAGCCUGGGCGCGCUGAUCUCAGCGCGCCCAGGCUUCGGCAUGCCGGCAACUCUCCGCGAGCAGCGGCAGCGCUGCCGCUGCUCGCGGAGAGGUCCGCGGAGCCUGGGCGCGCUGAUCUCAGCGCGCGCAGGCUUCGGCAUGCCGGCAACUCUCCGCGAGCCGCGGCAGCGCGGCCGCUGCUCGCGGAGAGGUCCGCGAAGCCUGGGCGCGCUGAUCUCAGCGCGCGCAGGCUCGGCAUGCCGGCAACUCUCCGCGAGCAGCGGCAGCGCUGCCGCUGCUCGCGGAGAGGUCCGCGAAGCCUGGGCGCGCUGAUCUCAGCGCGCGCAGGCUCCGGCAUGCCGGCAACUCUCCGCGAGCAGCGGCAGCGCUGCCGCUGCUCGCGGAGAGGUCCGCGAAGCCUGGGCGCGCUGAUCUCAGCGCGCGCAGGCUUCGGCAUGCCGGCAACUCUCCGCGAAGCCUUGGCUGGACAGCUUUUGAAGGCAGGUGGGGGACAAGACUUUCGCCCCGCCAACCUUCAGAAGAGGUCCAGGACCUCUUCUGAAGGCUGGCGGGGGCAAAGUCCUUGUCCCCCUGCCUGCCUUCCCAGGGGCUUUAAUUGUCCCGGACAGCGGAGAAGUCCUCCGCUGUCCCGGGGCAAUUUUAAAAUGCCGCCCGCCAGCAUUUUAAGAUCGCCCCGGACAGCGGAGAAGCCCUCCGCUGUCCCGGGUUUUUAAAAUGCUGGGGGUGGAAGAAAAGCCCUUGUCCCCCCCAGCCUUCAGAAGAGGUCCGGGGACAGACUGUCCCCGGACCUGGUCUGAAGUCGGUUUCCCUAGGAACGCAUUAAUUGAUUUUCAAUGCAUUCCUAUGGGAAACCGUGCAUCGCAAGACGAAAAACUCGCAAGAAGAAAAAACUUGCGGAACGAAUUAAUUUCGUCUUGCGAGGCACCACUGUAUGUCUGUUCUUGGAGAUGCUGCCUUUAAUUGGGGGCCUUCAUGAGGAGUAUGGGUAGAAUGCCAGUUAUUCUCAAAGGGCUAGUUGCUCUAAGAAUCACCUUGCUGGAUCAGGCCAAGAUUUAAAGCUUGAUUCCUUAAAGUGGCCAGUCUGAGACCUCAUGAAGGCAGGAAGGGUCUUCCUCUGUUCCUUGUCCUCAUCAUCUGGAGUUUAGGGUUGAUCUGUCUUUGUGCAUGGAAGCUUCUGGGUGGUUGCCAGAAAUCGAUUGGGGGACCGUGACAUUCAUCCAUAGAAACAGGAGUUGACCAGCGGACUUCAUGUUUAUACCUGCCAAACAGUUGACAUGCCUUAAGUCAUGGAUGGGGAAACUAGCUCUUCAGGUGUCAUCAACCCCAGGAAGUGUGGCUGGUGGCCAGGAAUGAUAGGAGUUCCCCGUCCCCCGUCCCCCAUCCCUGCCCUAAGCUCUGAUAGUUUCAGUUGGUGAGGAGGCUUAAAAUAAGUUAGCCAUUCCCCCCAAACAGGUAAGCAAUGUGCUUAAAUCAGACCAUGCUGGCUAUUAAGGGAUCUGAAAUUAUAGAAGUGCAGCAAAAAUUUAAGAAGCUGUAAUCCUCUUUUCUAUUGUGCUGUUUCAACCCCACGCAGCUUCUUUUUGCACUGGCAUGUAGUGCAGUCAUGUUUCAUGGAAGAUGUGAGCAUAGAACUGCUUUCUAUUGUGCCAUAUUUAUUUUAUUUUUAUUGCAGUUGUUUAUAUCCCACCAUUCAGGAUACAGAUCCUACCAAGGUGGCCUUCAAGUACAUAUUUUAAAAAUAAAAUAAAAAUAGUAACAUCAAAAACACGCUAGGGUCUUUUCUACAUGAUGGUUGUUGGUAGUUCAUCCAGGGGUGGCCCAUCUGGGGCAUGUCCUCAGGUGAACUUCACCUGCCUCCUUUCGCUCCUGGAAUUCCUCUCAUAUGGUUGAUGGUAGAGUACUCUGUUUUUUGCCAAACUGUCAGACACCCAUCACCAACAGUCGUAUCUGGAUUAAAUUUCAGAUUGUUCCUUCAUUUAGCCAGCGUUUUUUUCAACUGGUAGCAACUGCAUGCAGAGCCUCUCACACAGCCAUUUCUUACUCCCUUGUAGGACAUCAAUAGGUGAAGAUGCCUUCACUACCAGGUCGCAGGAUGGAACGGACAGACAGUUGAUUAAAAAAUGAGCAACUAGGUGCAACUUCUUAAACAAAGAGUGUGGACGUUGGAACGUGGGGUGUUUCUCUUUUAAGGAGCAUUUGGCUGCAAUUCCAUCAGGUCCUCAGGACUUGCUGGUUUAGAAUAGAAAGGGUUGCCUUAAACUGGAAAGGACCUGUCUAGCCAAGUGAAGUGUCCUAUGUAUCUUUGAGGUCUCUGACAGAUGACUGUCCCAUUCCUCUUGCAUGCCCUUGAACUGGAGAUAUUGUAUAUACAAACUAGGCGCUCUGACUUAGGGUACAGUUCCUGUGUUUCAGAGUUAGAAGAAACAGUCUCUGGGCUUGUACAGGGUGGUCAUCUAGGGCUGGGUGGUUGUAGACUUUAGGGAUAUUGCUUCUUUUGGAGCAAGUGGAGAACCUGUGACCUUCCAAUUGUGCUUGGACUCCCCUCAUCAACCUCAGCCAGUAUGGCCAAUGGUCAGGGAUGAUGGGAGUUGUAGUCUAAUGACAGCUGGAGGCCACAGUCUUCCCAUACCUGUUAUAGUGGUUGUUGUCUGUCUUUUGGAGAGAUAUGUGACUGACUUUCUCUCUUCAAGCUGUGUUGGAGUAGAAGAGGAUGCAGCAGCCGACAUUGACUUGUAUCACUGCCCUAACUGCCAACUUCUUCAUGGACCAUCUGUCAGUAAGUUAUGGGCCUGCUGUGAUUUUUCAGUGGGAUGAAGACUUAAUAGGAUAUAUUUGUAUACUAAUUCCUGCAUGGAUGCUGUCUCAUCACAAAUCACAAAAUCUGGUGUAUUGAUCAAAUCCCUAUGAAUGAGAGCUUCUCUUUUUUUAAAAGUGCUACUCCUUGUGGUUCGAGAGAGAAAUUCUGUAAUAUAAAAACACAAUGUGUCUGCUAAAGGAUUCAAGAACAGAGAUCGGGGAAAGCUUUUGUGGCUUUGCACAGUGCCUCAGGGACUCCUGUCCCAAAUUUCCUGCCUCCCUUACAGCUUUGCUGUUUUCAGUUAUCCAGUAUUCAAUCCAGUGCUUUUUGACUAAUAGUCAGGACUUAAUUUUUCAGAACUGAGUACAUAAAAAUUCUGUACUGAGGCAAGAUGGUUCUGCAACCCUUACAAGUUAUGCAGAUGUGUAUUGUUCAUCUUAAUUGGCACAGUCUGUUUGCGUUUUGACUGUUUUACAUCAUUCCAGUUUAUGCAGAUUUGCAUAAACUGUUUGCAUUGUUCCACUAUUUUACAGAGUUUAUUUUUUAAAGUAAUGUACAGUAUUUGCUAGUUUAGAAGAGGGGUAAGGACCUCAGUCCAAUCCUCUGGAAAGUUUAUUCACCUACUCUUCUGGCUUCUGUAAUUUCAGCAGGUAUUGCCCACACACUUUCAAGCCACUCUUUUGCAACCACCAGGAGUGGAAAUUUGGGUGGGUUUUUUUGUUUGUUUGUUUUUGAAUGAAGGCUGAGAGUUGUAGGAAACUGAAUUUUGUCCAAUAUCUCAUUCAGUUCUUCUCCUGUGCUUUAGAACAUUGUGGUGUAUAUGCAUCCCUGCUGAUGUUGGCAUAUCUCCAUGUUUAAUCAUUGUGGAGAUAAGGGAGUUCCAGCAGCAGUGCAGAGUUUUUAGAAACUUAUGCUUUGCAAGUUCUCUCAUGUAUGCAACUAUUAAAGAAAGAUACAGUGUUGAAAAAUGGACUGUCCCUGGUCUAGCCCAAUAGCUGACCCACAAUUUAGGGUCUUAGGAUGAUGCCUUUAGCUGGAGGUUUCCGCAGGGUGGUGUUUGCCAAACCUGAUAUACUUUCUAACACUCUACUAUGGCCCUUUGUUUAGCACAGACCUUCCCAAGGAGUGUGGUGGAGUCUCCUUCUUUGGAGGUCUUUAAGCAGAGGCUUGACAACCAUAUGUCAGGAGUGCUCUGAUGGUGUUUCCUGCUUGGCAGGGGGUUGGACUCGAUGGCCCUUGUGGUCUAUUCCAACUCUAUGAUUCUAUGAUACUCAUGUGUAGGCCCUUGACUACAGGUGUGUGUGUGUGUGUGUUUUGUUUGUUUGUAACCUCCUCAUCAGCAGUAUUCUCUUAGCUCCUUCAAUAUCUUUGUCACCUUCCUCUGCUUAUGUCUUUUUCUCCCCCUGCCUUUUACUAUCUUGCUUUCCCCUCCCCCUGACAGUGAAGCGGCGCCGGGGGACCCAAAAACAGCCUGACUCAUGUGCGGUCAAAGAGGUUGGCAAGGCGGUGAAGACCGGAAGCAGUCUGUUCAUCAAGGAACUUCGCAGCAGGACGUUCCCUAGGUGGGCACAUGCUUGGUGAUCUUUGGGUGACCCAAGAGGAAAGAAGGAAGACUUUCCAAAAUCCAUGUUACAGGGUAGCUGGUGUUCAGGUUGAGGGAAGCUUUUGUUCCAGAAGGCCAAGAAUGCACUGUGGACAAGCCCUUUUUAUUCCACACCUGCCUGCUCGGGCAGAAGCUGUCUGUCUGGGGCUUUGUUUCCCAGCAACUUUGUGCAGGAUGGAAUGAAUGGUACAGCUGUAACAUCAGGGCUCUUUUAACAUCAGGACUCCUUUAGCCACAGUUAAAAUGAGGAUUUCAUCACUGUGGGAUCUCACGUUCAUUUCCCUCUGCCUCUGCUUAGAGCAAAUGUUCUCAUUUCCACUGUAACUGUGAUUAAAGGGUAAGUCAGCACCUAUGUCAGGUAUAGGCAAACUCCGGCCCUCCAGAUGUUUGGGACUACAAUUCCCAUCAUCCCUGACCACUGGUCCUGUUAGCUAGGGAUGAUGGGAAUUGUAGUCCUGAACAUCUGGAGGGCUGGAGUUUGCCUAUGCCUGACCUAUGUUAUCCUGAGUAAAGGUGACCAGGUUCAAAGUCCGCUCUUAGUGACUCAGCUGCUAAAGAGGCUUGGUGGUGGUGGUGUACCUAAAAUACAGCAAGUGGUCAAUUGUCCACCUCACGCAGUUCACGUGCAGGACUACAGAGACACUCCAUAGAUUGGCUGAACUUGGUGAGCCCAGAGUGGCCUCUGUGCCUCUUGAGUGCUGCCUGUAAGAUGGUCUCCACCACCUACUCUUCAAUCAAAGAUAUUGCGCUUCAUGCUUUUCCACCAUUCCAUGUGAUCCUGAUUUCUUACUCAAUGGGCAGUUGAGCCCUGAGAUGAUUUUCCCCCAAGGUGAUUUAGUAAAAAUGAAAGGAAGAAGAAUGUAUGAAUGAUUUGUUGCCUCAAGGUUGGGGUUCAUUUUUCUGAUGGUAUUUUGGAUCCAUUAAUCGUGAAGAAGAGAUGCAUUCCAAUGGGUUGAAGUCCAGUAGUCUGUUGAACUAUUAUUUUAGAAAGUCGUGGCACAGCAGGUCCAGCGAGCAGCUUGUUAACGGUCUGAUACAGUCUUGAUAGCAGGCUGUUUCUUUGUUUUAUGAACUGGUCUGCUAUUUAUUGUUUUCUGACUUUCCUUCUGACUCUUUGGGGAAUCUCCCUGCAGCUGCUCACACCCUUGGUCCUGCCCCACCCCCCUGCUGCACAGAGCGUCUCCAAAGAGAGUCUUCUAGGCUGCAGCUGCGGGGGGGGGGGCUCCUCCCACCACAACAAAUAGCAAACCAAGUCAUAUAACAUAGAAGGCUAGGGCAAUCAGAUGAGUCUGUGGUGGACUCUGUGUUCUGUGACAGAUGCACCAAUAAUAAUAUUAAUAAUAUAACUUUAUUAUUUAUAUUUCACCCAUCUGGCUGGGUUUCUCCUGCCACUGGGCGGCUUCCAGCAAAAUGUUACCUAAGAGGUAGAAACUUGGGAUUGGCUUGUUGUUCUUGGCCUGACUCCCCCCCCCCCCCGCUGCUUCCCCAGUGCGGACGAGGUUAUCCUAAAGCCAAGCGGGACCCAGCUGACCGUGGAGUUUCUGGAGGAGAACAGCUUCAGCGUCCCCAUCCUUGUCCUGAAGAAGGAUGGGCUGGGCAUGACCCUUCCUCCACCUUCCUUCACCGUGCGGGAUGUGGAGCAUUAUGUGGGUGAGUAGCGGGGGAGCGUUGCCAGCAGAGUGGCCAAAGGAGACCUAUGUGUUGGGUGCUUCAUUCAUUGCAGUCAGGAAAGGGAGCCAGCAAGUCACACAGCUUGGUGUAAUGUUGUCCUUUCAUCGCAGAGGCGGUGUCGUUACUUGCAGAGCCAGUGUGGUGUAGUGGUUAAGAGCAGUAGUCUCAUAAUCUGGGGAACCGGGUUCGCGUCUCCGCUCCUCCACAUGCAGCUGCUGGGUGACCUUGGGCCAGUCACACUUCUUUGAAGUCUCUCAGCCCCACUCACCUCACAGAGUGUUUGUUGUGGGGGAGGAAGGGAAAGGAGAAUGUUAGCCGCUUUGAGACUCCUUAAAGGGAGUGAAAGGCGGGAUAUCAAAUCCAAACUCUUCUUCUUCUUCUUGCAAUUGCAUUUUGCACAUGAUUGCAUGCAGAGAAAAAUACUGUAUUUUUCGCUCUAUAAGACACACCUAUUCCCUCCUAAAAAGUAAGGGGAAAUGUGUGUGUGUCUUAUGGAGCAAAUGCAGGCUGCACAGCUAUCACUGAAGCCAGAACAGCAAGAGGGAUCGUUGCGCAGCGAAAGCAGCGAUCCCUUUUGCUGUUUUGACUUCGCUUCGCUGGAGAGGCGCUGUGCAGAGGGGGAAAGCUGAAUCUAUGCAGCGCCACCUCCUCUAAAACUAGGUGUGUCUUAUGGUCAGGUGCAUUUUAUAGGGCGAAAAAUACGGUAGUCUGUGGGAAUAAUCUUAUUUGUCCUUUCUUCCAUGAUUGUGACUGAUGAGAAUAAAUAGGGAGAAGAAGUCUUAUCUUUCGCCACGUGGGUUGCUUAUCCCCCUAGAGCCAUUAUUGGUUUCCCAGCCUCUUUGAGGGUGCAUGGCUAUGCUCACUCACUUGUCCUCCUGCUCCACAAAUGCCACCCCAGAGGCAAAAGAUACGUGUGUGGAAGCAGCAGGUAAUGGGGAGCAGUGGGUUUCUGGCCCUUUGAUAGCAGUUGCUGGCCAAGGUGCUGGAGGAGAGGAGCGGAGAUGUUGGCAGUGCUGAACUUCUGACAGUUCAUUGCGCCACGUUGGUGGGGAAACCCUGCAAAGAGAUUCCAACUAGCCAUGAGGCUCGCAAGGGGUGAGAACAGGACUGCGCUGCCAUCUCCCACGACUGCAGCCCUCUCGGACACUUGUCCCAUUAUCUGAGCUGCCCGGCGUGUCUGUUCUCUUUUUCAACAGGAGCUGACAAGGAGAUUGAUGUGAUUGACGUGACUCGCCAGGCCGACCUCAAGAUGCGCCUGGGUGACUUUGUCAGAUAUUACUCCAGCAGUCGCCGGGAGAAAGUACUGAACGUCAUCAGCCUCGAAUUCUCUGAGACCAGGCAAGGAAAAGGGGGAUAUGAAAACAGCUGUGUGUCCUUGUCCUUCAUUUUCCCCAGUAUUCACCCCACCCAGCAGAGAGAAACCCUGGCGCUGGAGAACCCCCACUUUUGCCAUGAAGCUGUAGUAUCUCCCUCCCUACUAAGCAGUAGUAUCCCUCUCCUUGCUAAGUGUCUUUGCUAUUGUGCGGGUGCAACAGAAGUCUUUGCAGAUGGAGAAAUAAGGCAGAGAAAGAGAGUUACUUGCCCAAGUGACUCCUCAAAUGAGUAAGGAUUUGAAAUGCAAUGUUCCUGUUCUAAAUCCACUCAUCUCUCUACUGGAUUACUAUUCUAAAAUCCUGUCAGGAGAAAUCUCUGAAAGAUGGAUGAGUCAAUUUAUUCUUCCUUCACAAUUUUUCAGGCUCUCUAAUUUGGUGGAGACUCCAAAGAUUGUGCGCAAAUUGUCCUGGGUAGAGAACCUGUGGCCUGGCGAGUCGGUGUUUGAGCGUCCCAACGUGCAGAAGUACUGCCUGAUGGGGGUGCGAGACAGCUACACGGACUUCCACAUUGACUUUGGUGGCACCUCUGUCUGGUACCAUGUGCUGCGGGUAAGAAUAUGAAGGCAUGGGGGUGGGCAGGAAGGGAGCUUGAUCUUAGAGCUGAGCCGCAGAACCAGCAGACCUCCCGGAUGUACUUCCACUUCAGAUUCCGGGUGAUGGUUGAAUGUUUCAUUGUCUGUUUCCCACCCUCUCCCCAAAUAUUUUCUUUUUGAAAGAAAUCCAUCUUGCACAUGCUAAGGUGGCUUAUUGGGGUGAAGGGUUCAAGAGCCAUUUGCCUGAGUAGGAGGAUAAAAAUUAGCCUGGAGCACCAGGCCUGGAGUCUGAGGUGGCAACUGGUAUACAGUCGGAUGAGUCUGCUGUCCUUGUGCUUAUGCUUUCUGUUCUAUGAGGAAUGAAGCUAAGCAGUUUGCUUAGCAAUAUGGGCUUGUUUGGAAGCUGCUGAAGGGCAUCAAGAGCAAAACUGAGCAGCAGGGAGGUAUUUCUUGCUUCCAGUUUGAUUUUCACAUCUCCUGUUCCAUCCUUACUCCAGAAGCUGCUGGCUGUUUUUACUGCUGCUGCUCCAUUUCUGGAGCUGGUACUCUUCUUCAUUUUCUUUUCUGGCAAGAACCGCCUCUUGUUAGGUGGUUGAAGCCCCCGUAGACGGAGGCUGAAGAAACAGAGUAUGUUGAGUUCAGAGAAGAAAGAGGAUUAAGAAUGGACUAGGUAAAUUUCAGGAGCUUUAAAGGAUGUCAGAAAUUGGAGGGUUUUUUGACAUCCACAGGCCAAUAAACAUUGUUUGAAUGGCAGGAAAGUAGACCUGGCUGGGGACGUGUGUGUGUCACAAUUCCAUACAAGCACAGGGGAAAACCACAACAAGCAUUCUGAUUGUCCUCUGUGUAAUUCUCUGACACUCCAAAUCAGCCUGCCUUGAGGUUGAGGCCAGGAGCUGGACUCUGCAGACUUGAUAGCAGCCGUGUUGUUUGCUUGAUCCACAUUAAAUGCCCCCUUGUGAAACAGGAUGCUUCCUUCUGUUACCCCAGCCCUCUCUGCACUUCAUAGCAUCUGCUUUCGCCCUGUUUGCCAGCUCUUUUGCCCCUAAACAUUAGAAGUGGCAUAUCAGCUCCUUUUCAUUACCAUCUGUUCCUCGCAGGGAGAAAAGAUCUUCUAUCUGGUACGUCCCACUGCUGCCAACUUGACCCUCUUUGAAGCCUGGAGCAGCUCUUCCAAUCAGAACGAGUUGUUUUUUGGGGACCAGGUGGACCGAUGUUAUCGCUGCCCCGUCCGGCAGGGCCAGACGCUCUUCAUACCCACAGGUACUGAGUCGCUCCAGCUCCUGCCUGCCACUUCUGUGGCCACUGCUACUCCUGGGGCCUUUGUUUUUCUCCCACUCAGGGACACCUCUCCUUCCAUUGUGAGUGACUUGCAUUGCCACAGAGUAAGCUGCAGCUCAGAAUGUGGUGAAAUCCAGCUGCAUCUAGCGGCUGGGGGACCCUUUCCCUUUCCUCUCAUAAGCCAUGAGUCCUUCUGGGAGGCCCAGUCCUUACUUAGUCCAUGUGACUGCUUCCUCCUUCCACUUUCAGGUUGGAUCCAUGCCGUGUUGACUCCUGUUGACUGCCUGGCCUUUGGGGGAAACUUCCUACACAGUCUCAACAUUGAGAUGCAGCUCAAGUGAGUUUGGCUGGGAGUGCUUUGCUGGUCUGCAGCGAGGCAUCUUGGGAAAUGGCGGGGAGGAGACUCGAUCACCGGUGGAGCACACCCUUUGGCAUGCAGAUGGUCCCUGAUCCAGUCUCCACAUAAGGGUGGGAAUGACUCUGAUCUGAAACCCUGGAGAAUCUCUGCCAGUCUGUACAGACAGACCAAUGAUCUAACUUGGUGUAAAAGCUUCCUUUAUGUUCCUAAAUGGGAUCAGAGCCAGGAGAGAAACAUAAUCACAGAACAGAAAGUCCUGCUCAGCAUGAUGCUCUGCUCCCCCUGCUCAGUGUUGGCUGGAUCCAGAGCUGUGUGCAUGUCAUGAUUUCUGUGAGACCGCAGAAUGGGAUACUGGGUGAAUUUCAGUUUUUAAAAGUGCCAGUUUCUAGUCCUUAUGGUUACACUGAAAAUGCCGGUGGGUGGAAUUGCUGAGGAAGGCUUCUGGAGGUUGCCCGGCUGGGUCUUGAAUGGCCUUCGAAACUCCUUGCGCCUUCACGCAGUUGGCAGCAGAGCAGAACAAAGGAUUUGAAAUUGUGCAAAUAGAUUUAAUUUACAGAAUUUGUUUUGGGGUGUGUUUCUGAUCACCAAAUUUAAGUUCCUCUGGCACAGAAUUCCAUGGUUUUGGAGCCUAGAGCAUACAUAACCUCACUGGUCUUUUUGUUUCCUCCUGCCCAGAGCCUAUGAGAUUGAAAAGCGUCUCAGCACAGCUGACCUCUUCAAGUUUCCUAACUUUGAAACCAUCUGCUGGUACGUUGGCAAACACCUGCUGGAUAUCUUCCGAGGUGAGUAUUGAGUCCUCCCCUCCACGCAGUGCCCCCUCCGUGCCCACACAAAGCUGCUGGGCAUGAGAGCUCCUGCUGCUAAUGCGCUCUGUCUCUCACAACAGGCCUUCGAGAGAAUCGCAGACACCCGGCUGCUUAUUUGGUUCACGGGGCCAAAGCUCUGAACACAGCCUUCCGCUCCUGGACUAAGAAGGAGGUAAAGGGUUGGAAGAAGGGCCUUCCUUGAGCUGCAGCUCUUUGUGUGGGGUUGCUGCCCGGGGUUCUGAUGGACUCAGGGCAAAGCUUGCCUGCCCUCCUGCCGGCAGUCAAGAAUAGACAAAAACACCUCCUAGACUCCACCAGCCUGCGCAUCAGGGAGAAAGCGAGUCUAUAAACUUUCUCCCUGGCGUAUUUCCUUUCUGUGGACGCCAUUUUUAUUUUGUAUGGAGAAGCAUUCAGUCCUGAGCCUCCGCUUGCAGUCAGAAGCGGUGCAGCUUGGACACAGAUUGACCACCUCUGCAAGGUCUAGGCCCAAAUCCCAAGAAUUUGAAGGGGGAGGAAAGUUGUGGGUGGGAUCCUGUGGCAUUCCAGAUGUUGUUGGACUCCCAACUCCCUUCAUCCCUGACCCCUGGGCCAUGCUGGCUGGGGCUGCUGGGAGCUGAAGUCCCACUCCUUCUGGAAAGGUGCUUGCUGCCAGCCCCUUUGCCAGUGGCACUUCCGUUGGGCACAGAGGGGCAGAGCUUGCAGCAACCUGAUCUCCUCCUCCUCAGGCCCUGGCAGAGCACGAGGAAGAAAUCCCUGGCACGGUGCGCCCAGCCCAGCUCAUCAAAGACCUGGCCAAGGAGAUCAGGCUUGUGGAAGUGAGUAUGAGAAGGAAGCCGGGCCCUUUCCUCCUGGCAUGGAGGGGCCUGCAUUCUGAGAUGGGGAGCAGCGUUGAGAGUAGCACCAUUUCUGCCCAGCCUUGAGUGCCCUUUUCAUCUCAGAUGCAAUUGCUAUAGGAAAAGACUGUGAAGAGAAUAAUUGGGUGCAGGAUAGUGCUCACCCCGGAAAUGAUCUCUUUCAGCUUCUGCCUUCUGGAAGAAGGUACAGGGUUAUAAAGACUAGGACUAGCCGCCUGAGAAACAGUUUCUAUUCAAAUGUGAUUUUGGUUUUAAACACAGUGUAAGGCAGUCUCUAUGGGAGUAUAUUGUAUUUAAUUAUGGGGUAUCAGAGUUUUUAGGGGGCUAACCAGGCUGGGAUAGCAGGUUUGUUGGUUUUUGAAUGUCUGAUGUAGAUUUUUUCAAUUUCUUUGUUCUGUAUGGGACAAUGACAAUAAAGAUUAUCGUAUUAAAAAAAGGAUGGCCACCAACUUAAAAAAUGAUUAGACAAAUUCAUGCAGGGCUAUCUGGCAAAGAGCCAGGGUGGCGGUGCUGUGCCUUUGCAGCUGGAGGCAGCCGUGCUUCCAAAGACCAGUUGCUGGAAAUCACAGGAGGAGAGAGGGCUCUUUGUGCUCAGGUUCUGCUUGCUGGUUUCCUGUGAGAACAGGAUGCUGGACUAGAUGGGCCCUUGGCCUAAUCCAGCAGGCUAUUCUUACAUUAUUUGGGCAGACCAGUAGAUGAGGGUUUGCCACAGUUUAUUACAGCUGCCUGCAGGAUAUACUAUAAACAGCCUGGUGUAGCUUAGAGCCAGCACCUGGCAGGUUCAUUGACUAGGGCUGCACUUUGGGGCUUGUUGCAGGUAUGUUGGUGCCUUGUUAAAGAGGAACUAAGUCCCCUGCAGUAUUCCUUGUGAUGAAUGUCUGGAUGGGUCUCGCAUCUCGUUCCCUGCAGCUUUGGUGCUUAUAAGAUGCUCUUCUUUCCAAAUAGGAGAUGUGAUUGCAGGCCAUUGUGCUUCCAUGCUGCGCUGCUUGAAGCAGAAGCCCUGGGUGGUUGCCGGUGUGCCUGUUGCAAGCAGAUCUGCUAGUUCCAGUUAGCCUUUUGAAUCAAUAGGUUGGCAUCUCUGCUCAUGAGUUGAUAUACCCCUUAGAGGCCGGAGUGUUCCCUUGCAAGCAGACCCCACACUGCGUCUGACUGAGUGUAACUUAGUGGCCAAGAGUGAGAGCUCAGAAAGGACCCGGUUCAACUUUCACUUCACCCAUGUGAGGGAAGAGGGGCUCAUCCCACUGGCUCUUUGGCCAGUAAUUCCACUGGAAUUCCACUUGCUGGAUCAUGUUCGCGGUGUGCUCAGAGCAGCCAUGGCGGAGACUGUAGCCUGGCUGUUUAUACCACACCGUAGAGAAAAAACAUAUAUUCUGGCAGCCCAAACACAUGCACAGAGGACUUGCAAGCUUGGUCUUUCUGUCCUGGGGGGAUACCAGACAGGUUUUUCCGACUGGCAAAUGCCUCCCUCUUGGUUUGUGAAGCGCAACAGAAGGCAGGCCCAGCCCAGCAGCAUUUCAUAGCAUCAGGUCUACGUUAAGGGCUGGGGGGGAGCGGGAGCGAUGUCUCCUUUGGGUUCUGAUGCUCACGCUCUUCCAGGAUAUAUUCCAGCAGAACAUUGGGAAGACAGGCAGCCCAUUUGGAUUGCAGAGGGGUACCCAGCCUGGUGCAGCCGCCAAAAGGGGAGACCAGAGCCCCAAGGAGCUGAGCCAGCAGAAGGCCAGCCGGAAGUACGUUGCCUCGGUCAAAGCCUUGGAGCAGGAGCUACUGGACAAAUACAAGCAGCAGGCCCUGAAAGCAGAGAGUCCUGGCCAGGAGGAGGUGAGCUGCCAUUGUGACUAUGCUACGCGUACUCUGAGGGGGCUGCGCACUGGGGUUCUCCAGAAGUUUUGAGUACAGAUUGAUUGGGGGAGGGGGGGAGAAAGACUUGGGGUACCUGUCUCCUGAAGCUUUGAGCUCGCUUUCUGAUUAGCGUAUAGCGUCACCCCCUUCUGGCCUCCUGUAGUCCACCCACCUUUUCCUUUCCAGUUUGACCUGCCAAGUUCCAGCCUGGAAGACACAGAUGGGGAACCCGACCUGACGGAGGAGGAGCUGCCCAUGAUGGUCGCCAACGGCCGGGGCGCCAGGUUCGCUUUUCUGUGUCUGCGUUAUGAUGUGCAAGAGGGGCCGGGUGGGAUGGGAAAGCGAGACAGAAUGGAGAGCUGAGCUGGUGAAGUUCCAGCAAUACUGGCCUGCCACCUUCACCGCUGCCUAGGGGUUACCUCAGAGAUUGUCAAUUAGAAGCUUGAGAGGGCCAAAUCCAUAGCCCUGGAUCUCAAGAACUGUGCCUACACCAUGGGUAGGCAAACUAAGGCCCGGGGGCCGGAUCUGGUCCAAUCGCCUUCUCAGUCCGGCCCGCAGACGGUCCGGGAAUCAGCGUGUUUUUACAUGAGUAGAAUGUGUCCUUUGAUUUAAAAUGUAUCUCUGUGUUAUUUGUGGGGCAUAGGAAUUCAUUAAUCCCCCCCCCAAAAAAAAAUAUAGUCCAGCCCUCCACAAGGUCUGAGGGACAGUGGACCGGCCCCCUGCUGAAAAAGUUUGUUGAUCUGUGGCCUACAUCCACUGCUUCCCAGGCUGAGGCACAAGCAAAGGCAUCAAAAGGAGUUAUGGCAGCAGCUGUGGGACUUAAUACAUCCACUUAAUACACCUCAAGCCCUUACUGCCAAGACACAGGGUAUGAGGAGAUGGAAAACACUGCAGGGAAGCAGCUCCACCCAAGUUUUUAGAAUUAGGCGGGGGGUGGGGGGUUGAACCUGGUGGUCUCCCUAAGUUGUGGAACUGCAGCUUCCACAAUCCCUGCCGCUGCUGUUCUGGCUGACGCUGUUGGGAGAUGGAGGCCAGCAACAUCUUGAGGGCCACAAUUUAGCCAUCCUUGCUGUAGUUGCUGUUCCCACUGUAGGAGAGAGAGUAACAGCUAUCUUUACCUUUGCCUUGGCUAACAUGGAAGUGAGCCAAUGGGCAGAGACAAUGCUGCCUUCCCUUUUUUGCUCUUGCCCACUUCAAAAUAAUAUGUGCCCCCCCUUAAAUAGCUGACCAGUGCCAGAGCAGGUCCCACCUCACUACAGUACCAACCAUAGGGACGAAUCUAGCCCAUUACUUCCUCCAAGUUGCCCAGAGUAGUGGACCUGCUUUUUCCCCUUCACCAUUUUUACCCUGUGAGGUGGAGGCUGUGAGUGGCUCAAGGUUGCCCGGAGAGCUCAGUGGCUCUGUGGGAAUUUGAACUUAGGUCUUCCAGCUUUUGGUGGCAGCAACGAUGCGAUUCUUUCCCAAGAAUUUCCAUUCCCCAAGGAGUGGUGCCGCUGGGGUGGGAAAUAAGACUGGGGUUGUGUCCAACUAGAUUUGACUCAGGGUAGACAAUUGAUAAGGGAUGCGGGUGGCACUGUGGGUUAACCACAGAGCCUAGGACUUGCCAGUCAGAAGGUUGGUGGUUUGAAUCCCCGCGACGGGAUGAGCUCCCAUUGCUCGGUCCCUGCUCCUGCCAACCAAGCAGUUUGAAAGCACGUCAAAGUGCAAGUAGAUAAAUAGGUACCACUCUGGCCUGAAGGUAAACGGCGUUUCCGUGCGCUGCUCUGGUUCGCCAGAAGCGGCUUAGUCAUGCUGGCCACAUGACCCGGAAAAACUGUCUGCAGACAAACGUCGGCUCCAUUGGCCAGUAAAGCGAGAGGAGCGCCACAACCCCAGAGUCGUCCACGACUGGACCUAAUGGUCAGGGGUCCCUUUACCUUUAGACCAUUGAUAAUGAUGGACACAGCUAACAUUGGAUACAACCCAGUGUUCUUUCCCCUCCUACAUGGCUCCUCCAUUAGGGCCGAGCCAACAAUCAAGUGUAAAGGCAGAUUUUCAUCAUGUACAGAUAUUUGUACAGCGAAAAUGGUAUGGGGCACCCAAAACAGUACCAAGCUGUGUACAGCAGCUGUUGGAUCAGGGCCACGAGAGGCACGUCCCUGACCAGUCGUAAUGUUUUCUCCUAGCAGGAAAAUCAAGGCCUCUGAACGCAGCCGGAGCCAUAAAGGGGCACUGGCACAAGUUCCCCGCAGCCCAUCUGAUGCUGAAGCUCCCGAUAUGGACUCUGAGGAGGACCUGCAGAUCGAUGAGACACCGCGCAGGGAGAGGAGGAGCCUGGUGUUGCACAAGAGGCUGCCCAGUAUGUCUCAUCUCUCCCCCCCCCCCGUUUCUGUCUCUCUGCCUGUCACGUCUCUCUCGGGUUGGGAAAACACGCAUUUAAUUCUAUUGGCGCUAUAACCCACCCUCCACCAAAUGGCCCCAGGUGGGUUAGAAAAACAUCACAGUUAAAAUAAAAAAUCUGCCAAAGCAACAAUGAUCAGCUUAGCAAAGCAGCAGCACAAGUGAGCAUUGCAGGAGGAGGGAAAACAAGAGGUCCAUCUUGACCGCUCAUCAAAAAGCAUAUGGGGAUAACUUCUGAGAUUUAACAGGCACUUUUGUACACAGUUACAAGCAUUUUUUGGCAGGUAUAAGGUCUAGGAGCUUGUAAGGAACAAAAUUAACAUUAAAGUUUAAAGAAUUGGGAGCAUUUCACAUUCUGUGCACAACUCUAUAGAGUUUGCCUUUCUCCGCUUCCUGCUUUCAAGGAACUUUUCCUGUCACUCAUCUUCAGUGGCUUGUUGAACAAGCUCUGCCCUCCUCUUUGUCAUAUUCAUCUUCCAAAGGGGCUACACCUCACCCCCCUUCCUGCUCAACUCCUGCUUCAGGCAUUAUUAGCAGCAAUAUCGUGGAAUUUCCAAAGUCUCUGCCUGGCUAAAUGACAAACUGGCAGCCCGAUCCUGUACCUGCUUGGUCCUUGCCCCCUCCCAGAUCACAUAUGUUGCACUGCAAUCACCUGAUGGGUCUAUGCAAUAGUAGCCCCUUCCCUUGCAGAUGCUGGCAUGCUUCUGUCACAGCCCCCAAUUCCUACUCCUUUGUGUCCAACUGUUAAUUGAACAUUUGCUGUCUUUUGCUUCAAGAAUUUCCCCGGAAGUUGCCACGAGCCAAGCCCUGCUCCGACCCAAACAGAGUGCGAGAGCCAGGGGAAGUAGAGUUCGACAUUGAGGUAAGUUGGGCUCGUGACUUCAGGAAUGUUGUGCUGCCGGGAGCUUGAUAGCAGAAAUGAGGCUUCAUUUAAGUUACGAUCUCCCUGGAAAUUUGAGUCUGACAUCUGGAGGGUCAUGGCCUUACUUCAGGGAAGUAGGCAAUAAGUUUGUUUGUUUAUUUUAAGGCAUUCUUAUGCCUCUUAAUCAUUAGCAGUUCAGGUAAGGAUGGCCAUUUCAGGGGUUUUUCUGGAGUUGAAGGGGGCAGGCCACUGCAAGAUUCACACAUUUGCUCUUGUUUUCAUUUUAUUAUUAUUAUUAGUUUUGUUUGUUUGUUUAUGCCACCCAUCUGACUGGGUUAGCCCAGCCACUCUGAGCAGCUUCCAACAAAUUAAAACACAGGAAGACAUCAAACUUUAAAAAUGUGCUUUUAUUGUUUUUUGAAAUGUGCCUUUAUUAUUGUUCCAAGCUGCCUAAAGUAAAAAGAAUGACUAGAUCAGUGGGGAAGUGUGUGUUUUUAAUAACCUUUCUUUUUGUACCUCCUAAGUGGAGAGAAGCUCAGUCUGAAACGUGGCCACUUCCCUUUUCUGAAGACUGGUGCUCUGGGACAGGCAUCAGUCGCCCUCUCUUUCUGAAUCAUUUUCCUCCUCCAAUAGCGACGAGCAGCAAAAGAACCAUGAGUUCUCCUGAGGCUCCUUCUCUGUCCCUCAACACUGGGCUUCAACCUCCAGGGGAACAAGCCACUGCUCCCUUUACUAGGUUUUGUGGGAUGCAGACCAGUUCCUGUGUGCUUGUGUGACUAUUUCCUCCACUCUUGCAGCCUGGCUGCUCAGGUUCCUCUUAAGGAGGGUGGGAAAGAGGGCUCUGCCUCUGCUGCUAUCGGACACAGUGCACAGAGAAGCAGGAUAUAAACUUAAUAGGCGAAUUGCCAACCGAGGCUCUCUGAAACUUGUUCCAUUCUCAGGAGGACUACACCACAGAAGAAGAGGAGGACGCCUCUGGCGAUGACCAGCUGGAGGGCAGCAGCAGCGCCGCCGGGAUCCUGGACCUGCUCAAGGCCAGCCGGCAGGUGGGCGGUGCAGACUAUGACGAGCUCAGGUGAGAAGCAGCCGCUGAUGGGCCUCAGGUACUGCUGCUGCUCUUGGGGCCUCUAGACAGACCUGCCCAUGGGAGGUCUCAGGGCGCUCUUCCCUUCUCUGCAAGAGAUGGUUUGUCCAGAAGUGCUGGAGGGGGCUCUCUUCUUAUAAGAGCAAAAGAAAGAGGUGCUUUCUCCCUUCCUUUUAGGUGGGGAGCCUCCAGGCCGCUCUCUGCCUGGCCACACCUCCCUCCCCAGCCAUACCGUCCACAUACUGGCACGAGGACCCUGGCUGGUUGCCUAGAAGGAACUGUCACCCAUGGGCUGAAAAAGGAGCCCCACAUUUGAGAGUGCAUUUCUUCUCCGCAGUCUACCCUCUUCAAAACUGAGAUGUUGUCUUGCGUACAUGCGUCACCCAAGCAGCCCCCUUGGGGUGUCCUGUCCCCUCUGCUUUGCCAAAAUGGCUGUGCUGGCAAAGGCUGAUGGGAGUUCUAGUUGGAAGCACCUGGAGGGUGCCAGGCUGAGAAAGACCUGCUCUCAAAUGUGGGAGGCAGGAAGUCAGUCACCAAGGAGAGGAAGAGGCAGAGGAGGAAAAGCUAGAGGGGCACCACUCCCAAACCUCCAGUUUCAUGUUGUAACUGCCAUGUGUGGGGCCAGGCGUAUAGGAUAGGGAACCUGUCCACCCAUCACUUUCACACCUAGGUCCUUCCUGCUCAGUACAGUGGUACCUUGGGUUACAGGCGCUUCAGGUUACAGACUCUGCUAACCCAGAAAUAGUACCUUGGGUUAAGAACUUUGCUUCAGGAUGAGAACAGAAAUCAUGCUCCGGCAGCGCAGUGGCAGCAGGAGGCCCCAUUAGCUAAAGUGGUGCUUCAGGUUAAGAACAGUUUCAGGUUAAGAACGGACCUCCAGAACGAAUUACAGUGGUACCUCGGGUUAAAUAUUUAAUUCGUCCCGGAUGUCUGUUCUUAACCUGAAACUGUUCUUAACCUGAAGCACCACUUUAGCUAAUGGGGCCUCCCACUGCUGCCGCACUGCCAGAGCACAAUUUCUGUUCUCAUCCUGAAGCAAAGUUCUUAACCCAAGGUACUAUUUCUGGGUUAGCAGCGUAUGUAACCUGAAGCGUAUGUAACUCGAGGUACCACUGUAAGUUCUCUGAUUUCUCAGCACAUGUUAUUCUCUGCAUAUUAUAUAAUUAUUUCAAUUCUUAUAUUAUCUAUCUACCAUGUUAUCAAUCACUAAAUUUGUGUAUGUUUAUUCAAGGAGUCCAAUUCAUUUUGUUGUCAUUUUAAAUACUUUGUAAAAAGUUCCCAUUCUUCUUUGAAGUCACAGUUGUCCUUAUCUCGCAGUUUGUAUGUCAGUUUAGCCAAUUCUGCAUAGUUCUUCAAUUUCUCUUGCCACUGUUCUUUUGUUGGGGUUUCCUCAUUCUUCCAUCCUGAACGAAUUAAGUUCUUAACCCAAGGUACCACUGUAUUGGUUUCCCUGUGUCUGAUCACAAUGCCAGAAUGGCCAUGCUAUCCAUCUAUUGGCGAGCACUAAACUGGCUUCUUCAUGCAGCACAAGGUCAAAGUAUGGAACUCGCACCUCCAGGAGACAAUUGUGGCCUCCAACUUGGAUGGCUUUAAAAGAGGAUUAAACAAAUUCAUGGAGGAGGAGGAGGUGGAGGAGAAACAGAAGAGGGCCAUCGAUGGCUACUAGCCAGAAUGACUAGUAGCCAUCUUAUCUCUGCAGCAAUGCUUCUGAAUACCAGUUGCUGGAAACCAAAGGGGCCGGGGGAGGGGCUCUUAUGCUCAUGUUCUGCUCGCUGGUUUCCCACGGGCAUCUGGUUGGCCACUGUGGGAACAGGAAGCCAGAGUAGAUGGCUCCUUGGCCUGCACCCAGCAGCCCCUUUUAUGUCCUUCUCCCACUUUCUCUUGUCAUGGAUUUCUACUCAGUAUUGAUAGUUAGCAGAAUAAAAUUCCCUCAAAAAUAGACCAGAGGCAAUUGCGUUUCAUUCAGCAGAGCUUUGCUGCUACUGAAGGCAAAUGAGCAUCUUGGUCACAAAUCCAAUACAUUCAGGGUUGGCACUGUCCAUAAGGAAUCCAGUUGCAGCAGACUUAACUUAAAUUUACAGUAACUUAUAAUAAGUCUGAACCUUAACACUAAGCCUACUAUGUACAGAACACCACGCCAGAAAGGAAAAGAGAAAGAGAGAGAGAGCCAGGCUCCUUCUGGCCUUAUUAUUACAGUCAGCAUGACCUUGUCAGAAAGAGAUAAUAGAACCAGUUUUAGCCAGCUGUACUCAGCUUCUCUGAAGGAAUAACACAAACAUCAUGAACCUACUGCUUGUUUCUUUCACAUAGAGAAGCUUCCAGAACCCUCUUGAAUUAAUUAGAAUAGCAAAGAUCUCUACAUAUCAGAUCAAUACAGAGGUACCUCAGGUUACAUACACUUCAGGUUACAGACUCCGCUAACCCAGAAAUAGUGCUUCAGGUUAAGAACUUUGCUUCAGGAUGAGAACAGAAAUCGUGCUCCAGUGGCGUGGCAGCAGCAGGAAGCUCCAUUAGCUAAAGUGUUGUUUCAGGUUAAGAACAGUUUCAGGUUAAGAACGGGCCUCCAGAACGAAUUACGUACUUAACCUGAGGUACCACUGUACUUUCUGUAGUAAGAAAUGCAAACAGACACUUCUAGCAUUGGGGUCCCCUUUCAUCUAUGAUUGGUCCUCCCUCCCUCUUUCUCCAGUUAAGAGCUGUGUAUGUAUUCUGCGGGUCCAAAGAAGCUCAGAGUGUAGCAUUGGUCAGUGGUCCAGAAGAAAAUUUCCUCUUUUUAUUUCAUUUCAUUUUAUUUAUGUAAUACAUGUUUAUCCCGUCCCUCCUUCCAAAGGAUCUCAGGGCGGCAAACAUCAACAUUUUUUAAUUAUUUAACAAAAUACAUAGACUGCUUUAGUAUAGUCAGUUUACAAGAAAUAUUAAGAUUAUCCAUAAAAAAGUUUAAAACCAUUAAGAGCAUUCAAAAAUAUUUAAGAUUAACUGUAAAAGAGCUUAAAACAUGUCAAGACUUACACAUCUGGAUGGGCUUUCCUAAACAGAAAUGUUUUUAGCAGGUGCUGAAAAGGAUACAGAGAAGGCACCUGCCUGGUGUCCAUAGGCAGGGAGUUCCAAAGUGUAGGUGCUGCCACACUAAAAGGUUGAAUUUUUUUUGAAACAGUGCUAUUUAAAAUAAAAUUAAAUCAUCUUUAAAAUAAUUUAAUAUGGUUUUCUUUUUUAAAAAGAAAUUUCAGUCCUCUCCCUUCAUGGAGGCAAAGGGGUGCUUGAGGGAGUGUGGGUGAUGCCUCCUGCCUGUCAUCUCACAAGUCGGGGGUGGGGGGAGCUGAAUAUGAUUUCCAGCUGUCCAGGGGCCCUGCAGAAGUUCAUAGCUGCUCCUCCUCCCCAAAGCUAGAAAAACCCAGAAUAAAUUUGGCAAAUACAUACAAAGUGCGCAAUACAUUUCUCAAAAUAAGAGAAAUGAUGCCUGUUUGCUGGAUUUCUACAGCUUUUCUUGGGGCAUAGCUUUACUUACCGUAUUUUUCGCUCUAUAAGACGCACCAGACCACAAGACGCACCUAGUUUUUAAAGGAGGAAAACAAGAAAAAAUAUAUUCUGAAUAUCAGAAGCCAGAACAGCAAGAGGGAUCACUGUGCAGUGAAAGCAGCAAUCCUUCUUGCUGUUCUAGCAUCUGGGAUAGCUGCGCAGCCUGCAUUCGCUCCAUAAGACGCACACACAUUUCCCCUUACUUUUUAGGAGGGGAAAAGUGAGUCUUAUAGAGCAAAAAAUACGGUAUUUUUUCUAAAUAUACAUGGAUUAUGCUUGAGCUCCUGCUUGUGGAUGCUCAGCUUUGCUGCCAAGUCGGGGGCUGGGUCGGCAGUACGAUGUGGGCUGUUGUGGCUGAUGCCGUGUGCCUCUUUUGUGUCCCCCGCAGUGAUGCACCUGCCUCCCCCAGCACUCAGGAAGCCAUCCAGGGCAUGCUGUGCAUGGCCAACCUCCAGUCGUCCUCGUCCUCGCCAGGGGCCUCCAGCUUGCAAGCCUGGUUGACAGCGGGGCACGAACGCGGCUCUGCGGGAGCCUCCGGCACUCAGCGCUCAGGAAAGAGGCCCGUCAAGCGCCCGGCCCAUCACAGCACCGACAGCGAGGAAGAGGCCAGCAUGGACGAGCAAGAGAGCCUGGGCGCCUGCUUCAAGGAUGCUGAGUACAGUAAGGAUGCCCUGUCUGAGAAGAGGGGCUUUGCUCUGCAAUAACAGGGCGGGGGAGAGUGGCAGGGAAAGGGGGAGAGAGAAUGAGGUCCAGACAAGGGCUGGGACCCUCCAGGGAUUGCAGGACUACAGCUCCCAUCACCCUGAGCACUGGCCCUCCUGGCUGGGGCUGAUGGGAGUUGGAGUCCAUCAACAUCUGGAGGGCCACCGGGUUUCACCAGCCCUGCUUUAAAGGAAGCAGCCAAUAAGGAUCAGGCUGGAUCCUUAUACUCUAAAGGAGGCUUAUAUUGCACUUGGUCUCCAAAAUGCGCAAAAGGUUCCCAAGUGACUGCUGAAGUGUCACGCGGCUUUGGUCUGUUCACUGUAAUUUGGCCUUUGUCUGGGUAAGCACCACUUUCCCCCAGAGCAGGGGCCAAAGGGCGUUAACACUACCUGCUGCUGUCUCCCUGUUUGUGCUGCUACUACCCCAAGGCUGGCAGCUGUCAUUGGGGCCGGGCUCAGCUGCCCGAGCUCAGUGGCUGCAUGCCCUGUGCCCCUCCUCCCUAUGGGGCGGGGGGCAGAGAGAGUGAGAGAGAGCAAGAGUAGACUGGCCUAGCAGCACCGAAAUUCCCCACUGUGACACCUUUCUCUGGUUUGGCCCUUGCCCACCCUUGCGCAGCUGGAGAGCAGGAUUGGAGGGGUCCUUCCUGGUCUCUGUUUCUGUGAAUUUCAGACAAUUUCUGUAGAAGAUUUAGCUGGUAGCUAAAUCUCACAGUUUAACGCCACUCAGCAAUUCCGGCAUUUUGUUUUUUAAAUGUUGUUUGGUCUGAGUGUGAAGAUGUGGGGUAAACGCUGCUUACCAGUUUUUUGUAACUGAAGUGCCUGUAUGGAACUCGGUCCUGCCUGAUUCCCUUUUUCCAUAGUUUAUCCUUCCUUGGAAUCGGACGAAGAUGACCCAGCCUUGAAGUCUCUACCAAAGAAGAAGAAAUGCACAGACGAUGCGCCUUGGAGCCCCAAGGGUAAGAACCCAUCUCCUGUCACUGGGACGGGUGCAUGAAUGUGAUGCUGCACAGAGGCAGGAAGAGCACCAAAUGCAAUCUCCUGAGUUUAUUUGCUUCAUAAUGUUGUUGCUAAACAAGCUUCUUGGUGGAUCCAGAGAUAUGUUUGAAAGUGGGUGGCUGAAAUGCCUGUGGAGAUGAGAGGAUUUCAUGAAUAAGUUUUUCGCAUUUGGGGACGGGCCUUCUGUCUCCCACAUUGGGCCUUGGCCUUCCCCAUGAACAUCACUAGCCCAAUAAAUUGUGCAGGUUUGUUGCAGGCGUGCCGUUUGCUUGCUGUGUAUGCUUUGCAGGUUUCAGAAGCCAGCUUUCCUUUGUGCAAAGGAUGGGAACCCUCGAGGUCUAGAUUUUCUGUUUUCUGCACUUCAACAAAAAUCUGUGCUGAGUAAUGCAGCCCGUUCUGCAAUUCUGCAGCAUCAUGGAGUGCAAAAGAGACUGGCCUCUCAGGAUUGCUUGACUUAACUGAAGCAAUUUGGUUUGGGGAGACUUUUCUGGUGAAGGCAAAAAAACAACAACAACACAAACACAAAAAAACACACACACAGCCUUUGCUGUAUGGAAGGGAAGAAGGGCUUUUUCUUUUAGAAAGAAAGGUUUUGGGUUUUUUAAAGAAACAGCCUCUUAAGCAGUGUUGAGAGGGCUGUACUUCAUGGCUCUGAAAUGCACCCGGAGUGAAGGGCACCCUCCACUCACAGUGCAUGCUGUUCCCUUCUCUUUCCUUUGCUCAUAUGUGCAUAUACCUGCCAUUCCUGGGUGUGGCUCCUCCUGGAUUGAAAGCUGCAUCUCCUAGAAGGCCUAGGGCAGGGACGUCCAACUCCCAAUAGACUGUGAUCCUACUCACAGUAUAAAAAAAAUCGCAGUGAUCUACCCAUCAUUGUUGUAUGGACUAAAGUUGUUGAGCUUUUCUGGGAGGGAGGGAGGAGAUGAGAUGACUGCGGGGCCAGAGAUCUACCAGGAUCUUCCAGGAACACCCCACGAUCUACCAGUAGCCUGGCCUAGGGGGCGUUCUUGCUUGUGGGGCAGCACCACGAGUUGUGCUGAUCGCUGUUUGUGUAGCAUUUUCCAUUCCUGUGGGUCCCUCUCCAUGCUCCCACUUGGAGCAGGAACAGUGAUUUUCUUUCCUCCUUUGAAAUCUCUCUUAGUUGGCACAGGAUGAGGGUGUUGUUCUUCCUUUAAGCCCAAAGUCCAGAAUACCACCAGGAACACAAACAACAUUUCUUUUCCUCCUUGCAGCCCGGGUCACCCCAACACUGCCCAAGCAAGACCGUCCUGUGCGUGAGGGGACCAGAGUGGCGUCUGUCGAGACAGGUUUGGCGGCUGCGGCAGCUAAACUGGCUCAGCAGGUAAGUGACAGGACUUGCUUUGGAGGUGGGAAGAAGGGACAGAGAUGCUGGGAUGUCUUUGAAGACAUCGGAGAGGCUUUUGCUUCACAAACUCAGAGGCCUCAGGAUGUUUCAGGCAGGGUAGGGCUGGAGUUUGGUAGAAUAUUUCUGACCUUCAUUGUUAGAGGAUCAGUGUGCUAACUUAUUCAUUAAUUGCCUUUUCGUCAGUGGUUCUUAAAGCAACGUUGCGACUAAUAAAUCUGCAUGAGCUACACCUAUUCUAGUACUUUGUGUUUGGAUUAGAUUUCACAGAGAUUUCAGUAUUCUUCGUGGGGUUUGUGGCCAAAGAAAUAACCUUUGUGUAACCCUUUAAAAUAAUCCAUUUUUGGAAUUAUCCCCAGCCACUGCUAAUAGAUAACUUUAGUGACCCAAAGCCAGGGAUGGGCUAUGAAUUCUCUGCCCUGGAGCUCCCAUCCCAGGGAGAAGCCAACAUAUGUCCCAUCAGCCCCAGCCAGCUUAGCCAGUGGUCAGGGAUGAUGGGCAUUGUAGUCCAGCAACAUCAGGAUGGCAUCAUCCGGUGGCACCUCCUGCGCCCUGUGAAAGGCUGGCCAUUAUCCAGAGAUUUACAGAAGAUUGGAAGAAGUAUAUGAAUUAUCUGAAGAGCAAUUGUAAUCAACAAAUUACGCUAGUAGGACUACAAGAAGUUUUGUAAGGAGAAAUAUAUGAAGUGUUACAAAGUAGAAAAAGAUGAGAUAUUGUUUAUGAGUUUGAAAUGUAAUAGGGAAAAUAAGAAAUGCAUACUAAGAGAUUAGACUGGAAAAUUUUCAGACAGGACUGAUGGAAGUCAAAAAAAGUGAAUAAGAUGUAAAAGUAUGUUUAAUUAUUGUUGAAACUGGUAUUUUAAAAUCUAAUACACACACACACACACACACACACACACAUAUAUAUGAGAAUGAAAGGCUGGUCAUGAUCACAACUAGAGCUGUAAAUAAGGAAUUCCUUCGUUGCUUUCUCUCCGUCUGUCUUAAGGAACACCAGAAGUUGCAGCGACGGAAACUCGUCAAAAAGAAGCUGCCCUCUCCCAAGCCACCCAGCCCGGAACCGGAGCCGGAGCCGGAGCCGGAACCAGACCCAGAACCAUUGGAAGCCGAAGUGGAACCAGACCUGCCUCUGCCACAGCAGGAUCCAGACCCGGGAGCGGCGGCUCUGGCGCCCACUCCUCCCACCCCAGAACCCAAGCAGGAGCAGUUUGCUGGCAGUCUGGUGGACCACGAGUACACCGCCCGGCCCAAUGUCUUUGGCAUGGCCCAGGUGAACCGCAGCUCCACGCCCAUGGCACCUGGCGUCUUCUUGUCCCAGCGGCGCCCCUCGGCUGGCUCCCCAGGUCCUCAGGCAGCCCAAGGUAAGCUGGAGUGUGUGGACUUUGGGAGGCUGGUGCUGUUGGCGCAGAUUACAGGAGGAUCUGGGGGUGUUCUAGGAAUCCAAAAUCAUUUAGUCCAGAGCAGUCCUUGCCUGAACACCAUCCCACUGGACUCCUUUCUGUGUCAAUGAGCAAGUGGGAAAGAUUUUUCCUUCUCUGGCAUCAAGGUGUUUUGGGCUGGUUCUUGGACCAUGACACCAUGGGACUUCAAUAAUAAUAAUAAUAAUAAUAAUAAAUUUUAUUUAUACCCCGCCCUCCCCAGCCAAAACCGGGCUCAGGGCAGCUAACACCCGAUAUAAAAACAAAUUGGUUGAAAUACAACUUAAAAACAAGAUUAAAAUACAACGUUAAAACAUUAAAAUACAGCCUCAUUUCAAUGGAAACUCAAAUCAAAAACUUUUUGGGGAUGAAAACGUCAAGACUUCACCAAGGCUAACUUUCCAGACUGGUCCUACAUGGGCCAGAAAAAAGCCAGGGAAGUCCCCAAAUAGGAGUUCCAUCACAGAAGGAAAAAGGAAAAAGGAAAGAGGGGGAGGGGAUCAAAUUGAUUCCAAGCCAAAGGCCAGGCGGAACAACUCUGUCUUACAGGCCCUGCGGAAAGAAAUCAGAUCCCGCAGGACCCUGGUCUCAUGAGACAGAGCGUUCCACCAGGCCAGAGCCACAGUUGAAAAGGCCCUGUCUCUGGUUGAGGCUAAUCAGACUUCCUUAGGGCCCGGGACCUCUAGUGUUGCUAUUUAUGGACCUUAAGGUCCUCCGUAGGGCAUACCAGGAGAGUAGGCAGAAGCUGUGUAUCUUGUUUGGAUAAGUUGACCUCUGGCUGUCCUCAUCCCUGACUCAACCAUUUCCCCCCCUCUCAGGGAAACGCCCCAAGAAGGGCUUAGCGACAGCCAAGCAGCGGCUGGGACGCAUCCUGAAGAUCCACCGUAACGGCAAGCUGCUGCUCUGA